CUACCCCACGCCUCUAUGGUAGGCCCCGAGGAACCGGAAGUAGGCCACGCCGGGGGCGGGGCGGGCCGCGGAGGGGGCGGGGCCUCCACCACCACCUCUGCUGCGGACGGAGGCGAGAUGGCGGCCACCGAGGGGGUCGGGGAAUCUGCGCCAGGCGGCGAGGCCGGGCAGGCAGAGCAGCCGCCGCCGCCGCCUCCCCCGCCGCCAGCGCAGCAGCCGCAGGAAGAAGAGAUGGCGGCCGAGGCCGGAGAAGCGGCAGCGUCUCCUAUGGACGACGGGUUUCUGAGCCUGGACUCGCCCACCUAUGUCUUGUACAGGGACAGGGCAGAAUGGGCUGAUAUAGAUCCAGUACCGCAGAAUGACGGCCCUAACCCAGUGGUGCAGAUCAUCUACAGUGAAAAGUUUAGAGAUGUUUAUGAUUACUUCCGAGCUGUUCUGCAGCGAGAUGAGAGAAGUGAGCGAGCCUUUAAGCUCACCCGGGAUGCUAUUGAGUUAAAUGCAGCCAACUAUACAGUGUGGCAUUUUCGAAGGGUUCUCUUAAGGUCACUUCAAAAAGAUCUACAAGAGGAAAUGAACUACAUCACUGCAAUAAUUGAGGAGCAGCCCAAAAACUAUCAAGUUUGGCACCAUAGGAGAGUAUUAGUGGAAUGGCUUAAAGAUCCCUCUCAAGAGCUUGAGUUCAUUGCCGAUAUCCUUAAUCAGGAUGCAAAAAAUUAUCAUGCCUGGCAGCAUCGACAGUGGGUCAUUCAGGAAUUUCGACUAUGGGAUAAUGAGCUACAGUAUGUAGACCAGCUUCUCAAAGAAGAUGUGAGAAAUAACUCUGUCUGGAACCAAAGACACUUCGUCAUUUCUAAUACCACUGGCUACAGUGACCGUGCCGUGCUGGAGAGAGAAGUCCAGUAUACUCUGGAAAUGAUCAAAUUAGUUCCACAUAAUGAAAGUGCAUGGAACUACUUGAAAGGGAUUUUGCAGGAUCGUGGUCUUUCUAGAUACCCUAACCUAUUAAAUCAACUGCUCGAUUUACAACCAAGUCACAGUUCCCCCUACCUAAUUGCCUUUCUUGUGGAUAUCUAUGAAGACAUGCUAGAAAACCAAUGUGACAACAAGGAGGACAUCCUUAACAAAGCAUUAGAGUUAUGUGAGAUCCUAGCUAAAGAAAAGGACACUAUAAGAAAGGAAUAUUGGAGAUAUAUUGGAAGAUCUCUUCAGAGUAAACACAGCAGAGAAAGUGACAUACCGACGAGUGUAUAGCACUGGGCAUCUGGACGAAGUGGAUGCCACUUUCUUUCUAAGGGCCUCUAAUGCAGGAGUGUAAAACUAGAGCGACCAUCCCUUGCCUGUGCGCUAAACUUGUUGCCCAGGUGCUGUUUUUAACAAGAACUAAGUGUGAUACUCCUGUGUGCUGAUGCUGUUCAGACUAGCUCUAAGAAAUAAGUUCUUGUGAAGCAAGGUCAUUGGAGGGGAGGAUGGUGACCUUCCCGCAAAGAAACUGCUGCUUCUGUAGUCUUACCAACAUUUAAUCCAGUCCUGUAGAAUCUACUCCUCUGGAAAGGUGUGUGUGCAAGGCUCUGUGCUGGGAGUGACUGAAGGCAACUAUGUUAUUGAUUUGCAGUAAUUUAAAUCUUGGUGCAUUAAACAGGGACUGCAACUGUUGACUAGAGCUGCUGUGCUGUGCCACACUCACGGUAUCUUGCUAUCACUGUAACCAACUAAUGCCAAAAGAAAGGUUUUAUAAUAAAAUCACAUGUACCUAUAAACAA